AUGUGCAGAGCGAAUACGCUGCGUGUUAAGAAGUCACGUGAUACUCGGUGGCAAUCGGUUAGAAAAAUUGCGACCAGUGUACAUACCGAUUUCCACAGACGAGGCUGCAGACUCUUUGAAUUGACGGAAAUCGACCUCGCGACGAGGGCAUGGACGACGUGUAUCAUAUUACACCUCCCCGCAUCACAUCUGAACCGAUCACCAAACGAUCUUCGGCUAAAAAAAGUAUCCAAUCAUCUAUUCCUGAUGGACGAAUUACUCCUGCAGGUGAAAUUCAUCCGGACUUGCACGAUUCUACUCACGUUUAAUACCAGGAAUCACUAUCGCGCAGGAAAUCGGCAGCUAAUUUUCUUAUGGUUUUAACGAGCAACGUGAAUUCGCUGUGCCAAACAAAUUAAAAGGUCGCCCGUUCGCGUCCAAAUUUUAAGUUUAUCCUAACUUUACGUAACUAUUUUAGUUAGUUUUUAUUCUAUACGAAUACUGGAAAUAUUACACAUAUAAUCACGCCUUCGUUUUACAUACAAACACACUGUUCGUCAAAUAUUGUACCACACACAAACGCAUACACACACACACACACACACACACACACCUUACACAUGAUUUCCUAUUCGUUGAUAUUUUUUUUUGCACGUUAAUUUUUUAUUAUCUAUAUUAUGCAUAUAUCUAUUUUUUUUCUCCCUCUCACGCUUUCUCGUGCUCUCUUUCUCUCUCUCUUCACUAUUCAAUCAUUGUUAUUUAUUCUUUACUUAUUAUUGAUGAUUAGUUCGGUGAAAAGUUCACUAUAGCUGUAUACAGUACGUACGUUACACGUUGUAAAGGAAAAAAAAAAAAAGAAAA